CCCCACAAACUACCACACCAUAACCACACUAUCACUGCUACUUCAACUACUGCUGCUACUACAAAUACUACCAUUUACUACUUCUACUACUUACAUGCAUUGACAUCUGCAUACUCAUCAACAUUAUUCUUUCAUUUUAUUCUUUUAUAAUCACCCACUGGCUUGUCAUGGAGAUGGUCAUUUAUCUUGAAUCCUUUUUGGAACUAACACCAUAUCACCAACCUUCAUUACUCAGGAUGAUAUGUGGGUUAUUUUUUUUCAUCCCCACGAUCCUCAGACAAACUGCUUGAUAUAUAAGAAUCUUAGCCAUGCAGGAACACUGACGUUAAGUGGGAUAUGGUUGGAUGCAAUCAUACAUAGUGGGAAGACUUCAAAUCUUGAGACAUUUCUUGGGAUUAUUUCACUGUUUGUUUCUUGUUGCAUCUUUACCAUUGUUUGCAGUACGAUAAAACACCUUUAGCAGUUGAGUUGGACAUCACUCUUAACCAUUCUGACCUUGACGAUAGGUAGUCUUAUUUGUGUAAUGGUAGAUCAUUGGAACUUCUUUCAUUGUGGUAUAUGUUUUUGGACCAAAUGUAAAUGCCCAUUCAUUUAAAUCCCUGUAAAGUUACAGGGUGCAGGAGAUUAUUUGUUGUAAAAUAUGCAUUUGGUGAGCUAAAGUCUUCACGAUCUAGUUUUAUUAUUUUUAUUUAAACAUUUUUCCAUCCCUUUGUUUUGUUGAAUCAUCUGUUCUAGUCAUUAGGAUAAAACACACUCCAACACAGAAUUGAUGCCCUCCACAGACGAUUUAUCCUUUUCAAUUUGAAUUUCAAAGGUUUGGUCAUUACACGUCAUAUUAAAUUCCAUGUGCUAUGUCAACUUGACAGCCCCUUUAAAUUUGUGUUACUUCAUGACAAUCAACAGGUUUUAUCACAUAAUGAGCAUUUGUCUUGUUUCAGCAUUUCAUUCUUUGGGUGGCAAAUACAGGAACAUGCAGUAUAUAAAAUACAAAUUAUGUUUAAAUAUUUAGUUAAAAGAUUUGAUGCCAAUAUUUCUUCAACUUGGAAGAAAAUAUUUUCUGUAGCUAUGCAUGGGUGAUUUGGUAAGCAAUUAUACAAGGAAGCAUAAUGGAUGUUGUAUUUUGGGGGUAAGUACAGGUUUUUUUUCUCUUCACAUUCUCUAUGACUUUCAACUUCAUUCUUGAUGAAAGCGAUAGCUAGCAAGAGACAUGAUUUGACAACUUUAGCCUAUCGUCUACUGGAACUGGGUGACCCCUGUGCAAAUGUAUACGUGCAUGGGGAUUACAAAAGUUCAGUAAUAAGGAAUAUCCUACAUAUGCACAUUUUACUGCUCACAAUCAUUUGACCACAAAAUUUGUUAUACUCUACCUAAGACCUGUUUGCUCUACAACAUUAUUCUUGGUGAGCAUAACUUGUGUCUUUCUUUGCAAGGUAAAUGGUACUCAUAAACAUGACUGAUUUAAAUGGAGAAUUUCAUGAAGCCUCAUUGUGUGAAGAUUUACAUGCAUCUCUCUCUCUCUGUUUACUUCUUCUGGCAACAAAACAUUUCCCUCUUGGGGGAAUGCUCCCUAUGUAAAGGCCUAGUCCCACUGCACUUAAGGAUACUAAGAGGAUGUGAAACGAAAAAGAAUCUUGCCAUCCAUUGGAAAACGUUAUGUAUCCGUUGUUUACUCUUGUAUUCUUGUUUUCAUACGCUCUAUAUCCAUCGAGCAUCCAUCCACAGUGAUUUUAUUGUUUGCCCAUUUUGUCCAUUGUCUGGAGCGGAUAAAAACGGAUGGAGCCCCCCUCCCCUGAAUUUUUUCUUGUAUGAAUACCAUUUUGUGUCCAUCAGUCAGUGGGACCAGGCCUUGAGGGAACUAUAAAAAGAGAAAAUUAGAAUAUGCAUUGAUUAGUAAUUUUUAAAUAAAGGUUAGGCAUUUGAUAUCUGGGUUUUUUCCACAAUGAACCAUGAGUAAAGUAACUCAGAAAUGGUGAACUUAACUAAUUUAUUUUCUUCUUAUUUCUUCUUAAGGCUGACCUUUGCCCUUAAGUAUUAUGUAGAAUGGUUUGCUUUGUCACAACGAGACAUGAUUAAUAAUGUUUUGUCAUUUUCUUUCCCUCAAUUUCUCUGCUUUUGCUUACUUUGGAUUAUCAUGGUAUAGUAAUUGUAGUUGUGUUUACAGUUCUGAGGAGGAAACCAGGUCACUGAGUUCAUGCUCAGAUCCUCAUGAUAUCGGAACUGAGUUGCCAAAUUCUCACUCAAUUCUCCAAAAUAUUGACGAAAAUCAGUCAUUGACUUCUUGCUCAGAUUCCAAACAUGUUAAAAAUAAGUCCCCAGGUUCUUGCUCAAACCAUCAAGGUAUUGAAAUUGAGUCAUUGAGUAUUAGCUCAGAUUCCAUACAUGUUAGAACGGAGUCCCCAUGUUCUUGCUCAAAUCACCAAGAUAUUGAAAAUGAGUCAUUGGGUUCUUGUUCAAAUCAGCAUAUACCAGAUAUUGAUACUGUUCUACUGAGCUCUUGUUCAAAUCUCCAAGAGAUAGAACUUGAGACAUUAACUUCGUGCUCAAAACUUCAAGAUAUUAAAAUUCAGUCAUCAAGUUCUUUCUCAAAUCUCCAAGAUAUUGAAAAUGAGUUAAUGAAUUCUUGUGCAAAUCUCCCAGAUAUUAAAACUGAAUCGGCGAGUUCUUGCACAAAUCACCAAGAUGUUGUAACCAAGUCCCAAUAUUCUUGUUUAUACUCUCACGAGAUCACGGACUUCUUGAAUAAAUUCCAAACUGAGGACGUAAUGUCAAAGCCUGUAGGGUCGGUCCAACUCAGCAGAGCCAAGAGAGGAUCAUUGCCAAAUUUUUCUGAGGUUACACCACAAGAUCACAACAUCCUUCAUGAUACAUAUUCUCCCCUGUCACCCUAUGGCCACAGUAUCAGUUUUGAAGAGUUGUUCAGUCCAGAUUUCUACCAAAAAUGGAAUUCACGUAGUUUGGGGUUGCCUGCAUUUGACUUUCCUAGGGCUAAAAGUCAGGAGCUUCCUCACUAUGAAGAAAAUGCAAAAGAAAGACACUUUGAUGAACAGGAUACUAGGGAUAUUUGUGAAAAAUUUUGUUGUGAGUCUCAAAGCAUUAAAGAAAGUGUAGAAAGACAAUCAUAUUCUGAUCAUGUAGAUCACCAUCCAAUAGGAAAUUUGUACCAGAAUUAUAUGAAAGAAUAUCUGUACUCCUCUUUUGAUGUAGAGACAUCAUCUUGUGAAGACAAAUUUAACACUGGCAAGAGUUGUAUUGAAGAGAUGGGGAAGGAAACCACUUUCCUGCUUACUAGUGGCAACCAAAAUGAACUACUAAUACCGGUCCAGGAACCAAUUAAAACCGGUUUUGAUCUAGAACCAGAGGACUCAAUAUCUGAAAACCAAGAAACAAAGAAAAGUUGUUUAUCUGAUCGACCAACAGGCCCAGAAGACUCAAUAUCUGAAACCGAAGAAUCCAAGAAAAGUUGUUUAUCUAAUAAACUAACAGACCCAGAAGACUCAAUAUCUGAAAACCAAGAACCUAAGAAAAGUUGUUUUAUCCAAUAGAUUGAGAGAGUCUACAAAUAGUGAAGCAAAUUUAUGCACUCAUAUCUCACACUACCCUAAGAUAGAAUAAAGCAGUUUUAAUUAUUCAAGAACAAAUUCAAACUAGUUUUUCAUUUCAGAGCAAGAACCAAAGGACUUGCUAUUCAAGAAAUUAUAAUCAAGGAAGGGUUGUUUUAUCCAAUAUUGAUAUUGAUUGAGAAAAUCAUUGCAUUUUGGAAUGUGAUACGGUAGAUUGACAUUCCAAACCUGAAUAUUUCAUGAAUAUCGAUUUGGUGAUGAGAAUUAUGUUCACCUUAAUGAAGAAGAACAAACAUGUAUUCAAUGUUCACCAUAUGAUAUAACAUUUCUAUGAUUUUAUGAUUUUAUAUCAUCGGUAACAUACAAAAUUGCUGGAAAGUAUGAUGGUUCAUGUGAUGUAAUCCAUCUGUAUAGUACAGUUAUUCAUAUAUCCCCCUAAAUAGCUUGGGCAUUAAGAAAAGGCAAAACUUUUGCUUUCAAUAGGUAUUGGGCAUUUCAAAAUAUGUUGCCCCAUUUUAAUUCACAUUGUUCCAUUUUGAAACGUGAUGUGGGACUACUCAUGAGGAUAUAUUUUUGAAGUCAUCCUUAUUGGAGAUAUACUAUCACUGGUUCCAUUUUGUUUUGUUUUUUCUCUCUUUUUUGGUUACAUUAUGUCAUGUUUUUAUUUCGUCUAUCAAAGUCAGUCAGUUAUCCCAUCCGGAUCUGCAAUAUACAAAUGUAGAUUAUUGGUCAUGUUCAUGCUUAUGUUUUAUCCCAGUUAACCAUGAAAUAUUGAUUUUUCUUUUUGGGCCACUGUAGAAUUGUCAGAGUUCAUGGUUGGGUGGUGGUAGAUCAUUUGGUUACAAUUUCAUCCUCUAUUUACAUGAUGUUUGGAUAUUCAAGUCGAGUGGAGGGAUAUUAUUUAGAACAUCAGUUAAACAAUUCAAAUUAUAGCAUAUCUCAGUCUAUAGUAACUGAAGUGAAAUUUUCUCCCAUUCUAUUACAUUUUUAACAUGUUCUUAUACCUAUGGAAAACCUAGAUGAACAAAACCAAAACAUUUUUUUUUCUUCUCCAUGCAUCACCUUUUCACAUAAAAGGUGCCUUGGUAAAUAUCACUAAUUUAUCAACAAAAUCGCAGCAUGGGGAAAACUGAAAAAAAAAUGACACAAGGAAUGAAUAUAUUUCAAUUUCAUCAGGUGAUGGAUGGAUCGUUUAAUUUGAUACGCUUACAAUCAUAUAACUUCAUAUGGAAGAUGAACAGCAUUACAUUUUCUGAGGAUUUUUACAAUGAGAGUCACAAAAUUAAUUCUAGUAGCUGAAAUAGUAAUCUCAUCCAUCAUUCAAAUUACCUUAUGCUCCUUGCACUCAAAGAAAUACUGAUUUGAUGAAAAGCACUGCUGUGUAAUCAGCCAUUCAAAAUAUAUAUGCUCUCAUCCGUUGUUGUUUUUCUUUAUCUAGGAAUCCUUGUGAUAUUUUAUAGUGUGUAUAACAGAGGAAAUAUACCCUUUUAUUUGAAUAAUUCUAUCUUUAAAUUGAUAAUCUUUGAUGAAUAUUGUUCUUGCUCAAAAAACAGUAAAGCAAACCUUUUACAAUCGUUUCCACUCAUUGUGUGUUGAUUGAAAUGUAACUGAUUAACUUUUUUGUGGAAUAUGGUCUCACCAAAAUUGUGAAACGGGGCACGUGUCUAAGAUGGCAAAAACGUAUUAGAAACAAACCAUGUAUGUUGCACUCAAACAAGUAAGAACAACUUUUAUGUGUGAUGUAUCAACAUGAAUAUAUCUGCACUGUAGAUUAUCUGAUUGUACAUACUUUGAUGUAUUGAAUUUAGUCUAGAUAUAAAAUAUGUAUUAUAGGAUGUACAGACCCUCUUUAUUUGAUUAGAACAUUCUUUAUAUCCCUAGAUGGGUUUUCUCUUAAUCGUACUGUCGGGUGAUUUAAGAGAAGUUUAGAGAAGAAAUUUGGUAUGCCAGCAUUGAUUUGUUCCGCACUCUGGGCCAUAUUUCAAGACAUUUUAAUCUGUACAGAAUUUGAAUCAAAGCACUGUCUUUAUUGGUGAGUUGCUACACAUUAGCACCAAUGGCAUGAAUAAUCUGUUGUUCUCCUCUGUUGACGGAUUUUUCUUUUCAUUUUUGUUAACCAGUUUAAUAAUAACAUUUCAUCACUCCUUGGUGUAUACAAACUAUUUUGGGAUUAUUGACUCCCUUUUACCAGUUAUACAAACAAUAUUUGGUGUACUUGGAGAAUGCGUUUAUGGGAGAAAAGCAUUGCAUUUGUGCUGUGUAAGAUUCACUAACUGCUUAAAUCAUUAUCAAGAAACUGUUUACCAAUCAAAUUUCUGGAAAUUGAUUUUUAUCUCACUUGUAAUUGAUUUUAGCUGUUAGUGAUCACUCCCAGACUAAUAGAGUUCAUCAAUUUAUACUAGGUAUACUUUAGACGUUCAAAUGGACAAAGGAGCAUGCUCUCUUUGUUUUGGUAUUGUUCCAUUAAAGAUUCUUAUUGAAAAAAAGCCAAGCCUUGAUGCUUGGUGCAAGAACUACACAGCUUCAAACAGAACAAAAUAAAUCUUGUGUAUUCUUUCACUUUUGUAUAUUUCAUCUUCAUCAAAGGUGAUGAUUGGUAAUCGCGUUCAGACUGAAUAUAUUAUACUUUUUAGGUAUAAGAGCUCUUGCACCAUACUUUUGUUUUUUGGUAAAUUGUUUGGCAAUUGUAAAAAGUUGAAAUUUGCCCAGCAUGAGUCACUCGCUAUAGAGUGAAUGGAUCUUAAUCAUUAUAUAUCAUAUUGUAGUGCAAGAAUGAGAGUACUGAGAGACUGGAUUUAUUUUUACACUUUAUUUAUAUCUAGCAUAUACAUAUGAUCAUACUAUUAGCUAAAUAUUUGUAAGCAUGUUACAUAGUGUGUGGCCAUUGCUAAUAUUUCAGUCCCUUUAUGCUAGUACUACUCAUUGAGAACUAGAUAACGGAACUUUCAUUGCAAAAAAAAAGGAAAUAAAAUCUCAAAGGUUGCAGAGUUUGUUACUCAAAUACGAGGUAUUGUCAUUUUUAUUUUUCCUCUCUAUCACUUUAUAUACAUAAUCUCUUGUUGACUUUCUUGUACAAAAUGUUAAUAAGGUACAAAGCUAGAUUAAAAAGAUACUGUGACAAAGUGUGUACAAUAAUGAAAAAUACUAUGUAAAAGAACAUAAGUACAAAAAAAUUAAUGUGAAUUUUAAUUGAUACUUCUAUGGCUAUCUCUCUUGUUAUAUUCAAUUGAUUGUAACUUUUUUUCUCUUGUGUGUUCAAGAUUAAUUAAUUAUUCUGUGAAAUGGCAGAACUGUUGUGUUUUUUUUUCUUCUCUUUAUGACGAUACAAAAAUGAUGGAGACAUGCAGAGUUGUAGAUGAAUUUAAAGUGGAGAUGAUGGUGACAAAGAGAAAGACAUAUUAUGAUGAUUAUUGUUAUUAUAAGUUUGACACCAAUCGUAAGAUUGUGUAUUCAAUGUCUGGAUGCAAAAAAAUAUAAUAUUAUUGGAAAAAUAAAGAUGGAAAAAAAAUGAUGAGCUGAUUGGUUGUGAUUAUGAAAUUUGUUUGUACUUUGAUUUCUAUGUAGGAACAGCUCUCUCAUUGUAAGAACUUGCUCUCUUAAAAUUAACGAAUCGUAAAUUCACAUACAUGUAAGGGACAUAAUAGAUUCUUUUGUUUUGCAUGAUGAAUGCUUCUACAACAAUUAAAUCGAUGGUUGAAUCAUCUUCGCAUUCUUCAACUCUGGAGGUUUCGUUGGUCCUCCAGUUCUUUACUGCAGGUUGAUGGUGAAUCUGUGUUGUGCUAAAAAAAAUAAUAGCAUGACAAAGUUGUGGUCAUGUGAGUAUUUCUCUCCUGAGUAUCACGACGAUUCAUUUGCAAGAGGGAAAUGGCACUGAUGUAGAUCUCAGCCUUUGUAGAAGCAUCUGUCGUCCAAGAUUAAAACUUCUUGUUGACUGCUCUACAGGGACAUGGUUGAAACUAUAACCCUGGAAGGUUAUAAAUCAAUUUGUAACAUCCAGAAUAAAAUGGGCGUAGUAUAGUCACAUUCUCACUAAGCCGAGGGGUGUUUCAUCAACAUUUCUGUCUGAUAUGUCACAUCUGAAAACUUUCCGUGAUUCUGAUUGGCUCAGCACUCUUCCUAUGGUAACUGCCUAGUCUAAUAAGAUGGGACUUACCAUUUAAAGUAUCUGACAAGUCUUUUCAUGAAAGGCUCCCCUUAUUGAUUUAAAAAGUAGUUUAAAAGCAAAGUAAAUACAAUGA